AAAGCAGGGGGCGUGAGGCGGAAGAGUCGCAGUGGCUGCAGCAUCACAGGAGAAGGUUUUAAAGCAGGUUCUUAAUCCUAUUUAACUGUUACAAUGUCAGACCUUUGCGUUGGAAUCAAUGGAUUUGGCCGUAUUGGCCGUCUGGUCCUCAGGGCCUGCCUGCAGAAGGGAAUUAAAGUCACUGCCAUCAACGACCCCUUUAUUGACCUGCAGUACAUGGUCUACAUGUUCAAGUAUGACUCCACCCACGGACGUUACAAGGGUGAGGUGCGUCAGGAGAAUGGCAAGCUGAUCGUUGACGAUCAGUCUAUCACUGUUUUCCAAAGCAUGAAGCCUGCUGAGAUCCCAUGGGGUAAUGCAGGUGCUCUGUACGUUGUCGAAUCCACCGGUGUGUUCCUCAGUAUUGAAAAGGCUUCUGCUCACAUUCAGGGUGGCGCCAAGCGUGUGGUGGUUUCCGCCCCCUCCCCUGACGCCCCCAUGUUCGUAAUGGGAGUCAAUGAGGACAAGUACAACCCAUCCUCAAUGACCAUCGUCAGCAAUGCAUCCUGCACGACUAACUGCUUGGCUCCUUUGGCCAAGGUCAUCCACGACAGCUUUGGUAUCGAGGAGGCCCUCAUGACAACAGUGCAUGCCUACACUGCUACCCAGAAGACUGUGGACGGACCUUCCGCUAAGGCCUGGCGUGACGGCCGUGGUGCCCACCAGAACAUCAUCCCCGCCUCCACUGGCGCCGCCAAGGCUGUUGGCAAAGUCAUUCCCGAGCUUAACGGGAAGCUGACAGGCAUGGCAUUCCGUGUUCCUGUGGCUGACGUCUCAGUGGUGGAUCUGACCUGCCGUCUGUCGUCCCCAGCCAGCUACGCUGAAAUCAAGGAAGCUGUCAAGAAGGCUUCCCAUGGACCACUGAAGGGAAUUCUGGGAUACACAGAUGACUCAGUUGUGUCCUCUGACUUCAUUGGUGACACCCACUCCUCCAUCUUUGAUGCCGGUGCAGGCAUUUCCCUAAAUGACAAAUUUGUCAAGCUCAUUUCCUGGUAUGACAACGAGUUUGGCUACAGCCACCGUGUUGCCGACCUCCUGCUUUACAUGCACUCCAAAGAGUAAAUGUCACACAUAGAAGCCCCGACACUCGAGCACCAUUCUUUCUUUUACAUGCACUUAAUGUCAUAGCUCUAGCCAGAUGCUCUAGCACUGCACCUAGUCUAUGCAGUGUUUUAUUUCUCUCCCCCUCUUUGUCUCGUUGUGUGAGUGUUAGUUUUGUUACUUCAUUAUAAAAACAAAGUUCUACUGGACGCGGUUUUGAUUUUAACAGUAUUUGUGUCCCUGUUGCCCCACCUGCAUUGCUGUAGAUGUUACCACACUGAAUGUUAACAUGUUAUAUUGGUGUUAUGGAUCUAAUAAUGAAAUGUUCAGUGACAACAAGGCUACUGUAACAGUUGGAAAGUGAAUAAAUAUAAAAUAAAUAGUUUGAAAAAUA